UUUUGGUGUCUUGACGGAUCUUGUUGUGCAUUUGGAAACUUUGGAGUUUAUCCUACUGCACGUUAGUCAAAGAACACACGAUAAGCAUCAAGUGACUGUGAGUACCAUUAUGGCAGAUGUGAAGAAGCUCGUGUUUUCAAUCAUACGUUUCCUACAGGAUCAAAGAACAAGCAAUACAUUAGAGGAGGAGCAAGCUGAAAGUCUCGAAGUGGCUAUACAGUGUCUAGAAUCUUCAUACGGAAUAGACACCUCUGAUGAACAAACUGUAGCCAAGUACCAAGUGCAGAAAAAUCUACUUGAUUUAUUCAACGCUCAGCUUAGUAUAGAGACAGAUGCAGAGUUUUCUGAGUUGUCGUUGCAUGAAGCCAGUCCUGAAGAAAAGGAGCAGGCAGAGGUCCUGAAAAACCAGGGAAAUGACUUUAUGAAGGCAGAGCAGUUCUCUGAUGCUAUUGAAUGUUACUCACAAGCCUUGAAGUUGGACAACAAAAACUCUGUAUACUAUUGUAACAGGGCAGCUGCAUACAGUAAAAUCUGUAAACACAAGCAGGCUAUAGAGGACUGCCAGAAGGCUUUGAUGAUUGACCCACUCUACAGCAAGGCUUAUGGCAGGAUGGGAAUAGCAUACACAGCCCUUGAUGACCAUGAAAGUGCAUACGAGUGUUAUCGGAAAGCCCUUGAAUUAGACCCUGGUAACCAGAGCUACCAAAACAACCUGGAAAUUGCUGAACAAAAAUUGCAAGAGAGUGCUGCCAAUAGCGGGUUCAACAUGGGACUGGGCGGAGGAAUGCCGGGUAUAGGGAACUUGCUGAACAACCCAGGCAUGAUGCAGAUGGCACAACAAAUGAUGACAAAUCCGGACAUGCAGAAUAUGAUGGCAAACAUGAUGCAGGGUAUGGGUCAGGGUGGUGGCAGUGGUGGAGAUUUCAGCUCAAUCAUGCAGAUGGGUCAGCAGCUGGCCCAGCAGAUGCAGUCCCAGAACCCUGAACUAGUCAACCAACUACGCGAACAGAUGGGCCGGCCUCCAAACCCCCCAGGGAAUGACCAGGACCCCAACAACGACCAACAACCACCACCACCUGCAGAUGGUCAAGCAUGAUGUUACGGGGGAUGGAACAAUCUAUCACCAAGCACAACAACUCUUCAUAUACCUGGUGACCAACCCUCCAGCCAUAGGACCAACCAUACAGCUGUUGUUUUGUUAUCAAUGCUGAACUUAUCAAGUGAUCCUUUGUUUUUAAAGAUUAAUUGUUGUGGAGAACUAUUGUGCUCGAUUUGUUAGUUGUUUAUGUGUAUGUUUACUGGGAAAGUACACCUGUGAUUUUUUGUCAUUAAAAUAUUCUAGACGAUGCUUUUAAUGCCAUCUAAUGAAAGUAGGGAUCAAGCUUGACUUUGAAUACAAGGAUAAUUUUUGACACUACGAAUACUUUACUGUUCAAUCCAGGGAAGGUAAAGUUCAGAUUUAAUUUUUAAAUCGUUCUUCUGGACAUUUGCAUUAAAAAUAGUUAGAUGAACCUGGAUCUAUUUGGCUGAAAAAAAAAUCGACAGGUCUAGGCCAUCUGUCUGUUAUCAUUUUCUAUAAUGGGUAAAAAUAAAAACUCCGUACAGUUAAAUAAAAAAAAAAGUUUGACAUUUCCGUGAGACUUCUUCCAGUCUCCUCCGAGUUCUGCUUGAUUCCUUGCCAAAAUAGAUUGUAAAAGGGACUCAAUCAUGACAGACAAUGACAAAAUAAAUUUGGUGUGAAAUGUGAACAAAAUGCUUGAUUCAAAGAUAUAUCAUAAUCAAAAUUCAAAUAAGAGCUAUUUUUUUUUUAAAUGUGACAUGAUGCUUUUUUCUCUGAAACAUGCAAAUUGUUUGAUUUUAGGCUUGUAUUUACAAAACUUUAUAUCUGCAAGCUGCUAUUUGGUGUAACUUCAUUAAUGUUAAUAAAAUAAUUCAAUUUCAACCAAAUAAAAAAAGUUUCUGCCAUCAAACAAUCUGUGAAUGAGUUCCUUGAACUAUACUUAUUAAAAAUCCUCAUGUUCACUGUGUAAGAAUGUCCAUAUUUACAAAUGGUAGUAGCACUAGUUAAUAUACAUAUUGUAUUAGUGUCUAUGUAUUUGUGCUGUUAAAUGUCAAUAAGUGAAUAAACAGAUUGAUUUAUAAGUUUAAUAGUCUCUUGGAUGGUGUUGUACAUUUGAUUCUAAACUGUUAUGCUAAAAAGCUGUAAAAUUGCACAUUACAUGCUCUAUUUUUGCAUAUUAAAGUAAUCUACGAGU